AUGAGCUCUUUUGAUAUACAGUAUGUGUGCAGAGGUUACAAUUAUCUCUUCCCUCGAGUUGAAUUAAGGUGAGUUUUAAAACGUUGCUUGGUCGUUUGCAGUCCUACUGAAUUCGUACAAAAUUCGAUUCAUAGUAACUGCUGAUCAAGCUUUGCAGUAAAUUGACAAUGGGCCCUGUGAUCUAUGUUCACGUCACAUAGAUGAAAGGUACCUCCAGUUUCAACGUUUUUUCUUUUGUUUAAAAAUAUGAUAACAAUAAUGAAAAAGGCAUGAAGCUGUUGUUGUAGGAUAAGAGAUUGUUAAGAGAAUUCCUAUUCAGAGGUCACAAGGCCCAUACAAUGGAUUAUAAUACUUAAUUAUUGUGAAUAUUAAUCUUAUUAAUAUAAAUCUAGACAUCGGUAGCAGAGAGGCCCUGGUUGGGGGCAGGAAGGGUUCAUAGUCCGUAUUUUCAUAUUGAGCAACCUUCAUUGUAUAAUCACAAGACUUUAUUAGAACCAAUCAAAAUAGUCCACGCUAGUAAGUCUCAGGGGAUUGCCCAACCUAGCACGUUUCGUAUUAGAUGUAUAGCUAUUUGAGUUCAUUUGAACCUACGCUUUACUAGCAACAGCAAUUAUAGCAUUUUUUUAAUAGCUUGUAUUUUCGCUUUGAUCAUGUCACAAGAAUCACCUUCGGAGAAACGAGUUUCCAAAUGUUCAGGCUGCGGAACCCCUCUUACUGACCACGCAUGGGGAAUUCCGAGCAAGUACUGCGAAGGCGAGGAGCUCAGUUCUCCGAAACACAAAAAAUCCGCCACAAUCGCUAGUCCGGACGAAGACGCGCAGAUCAGAGAUCUGGAGAGGGAGCUGGCAGAAUUAGACCUUGAAGAAGAACGAAGAGAGAAACAGACUCGAAUAGCUUUUCUCCAGAAACGGGUGGCCGACAAACGGGCAAAAUUGGCUGCCGGCGACGUGACGACCGGCCGGCCGGAACACGAGUUGCCUCAUGGCCCGUCCAACGUGAAAGAUCUACGUACACUCCUUCCCAAGGACGCCUUACCAACGCCAUUGGAUAGUCUCCUCAAUAUAAAUCCCAGCUCGAGCAGUGCUGCAGACCAAACCCAAUCUUUAUGGAGCAUGCAAGGCCAGCUGCAAGGUGAUUUCCAUACUGUUCCUGCAGGCUCCCAACCGGCCCCGAUUCUUUCAAACUCCUUGCUGGAAUCACGAGCGUCGGAGAUGUUUCUGAGGCCAGCGCAACCCCAAACCGGUGAGAAAGCCUUAAGGAUUGUAGACUUUGUUGACAAUAUUGUCCCUAAAGAUGAGGAGCGAACAAUAGCAGAUGGUGGAAACACCAAAUUAGUUGUAUCCUAUGGGUCUAAAAAGCCCCGUUUAGAACAAAUCACCAUGUCCCAGUGGGUGAUUAGCAAUACCAGAAUUUUUUAUAACUUGUUAGCAAGUAGGAAACUAAACUCGCAAGCCGAGAUCCAGAAUUAUUUAGCAUAUACUAUUAAGGUGAUGGAACUUUCCAACCGGUACCAUUGGGCCUCGGUCCUUAAGUAUGACGAUGAAUUUCGCCUCUUACAGGCAGCAUAUCAUUAUCCGUGGAGUUUUGAUUCGAAUCACCUCCACACAGUUAUUUUAGAGCCCAUUUAUAAACCCUCCCAUGUUCCUAGGUCACCUAACCGCACCGCUAACCCCAGCACUCAGUUCAUCCCGGGAUUCAUAGCCACCACUAACGAUGGGCGCACUAUCUGUCGUAACUUUAAUAGUUCAAGGGGUUGUAGUUUGCAAAAUUGUGCGUACGAACAUGUGUGCAAUCGCCGCGCUUCGGGCGGUAAAGCUUGCGGCCUCAACCAUCCGGGCUACAUCCACUCUACUCAGCAAAGUUCUUCGACGCAACAGCAAAAUAAACCGGCUCCUCAAAAUUGACUACCGCACAUUAAUUCACCGCUAAACGCAAAAACUUGGCAAUGCGAACUCGCGGGCGACGAGGACGAAACUUUUUUGGCAGAUGGCAUUAUUAACGGCUUCCAAAUGGCAAAUAUCAAUACGCAAUUUACCGAUGUCAACAUGCGCAAUUAUAAAUCGGCUACUAACCCCGCUAUCCGCCCGCUGGUGGAAAAAACCAUUCGGGACGAAAUUCAGCAAGGCAAUUAUGUUAUUUCUGCUACUAAACCUACGGUGGUUAGCGCUUUAGGAGCUAUUCCAAAACCGAAUUCCACCGAGGUGCGUCUCAUUCAUGACUGUUCGCGACCGCAUGGCCACGCGGUUAAUGAUUUUAUCAGCACUCGUUCCUUCAAAUUUCAAACGUUAGAUGACGCGAUUAAACUUCUAAAACCCAAUUAUUUUAUGGCCAAAAUCGAUCUCAAACAUGCUUACCGGUCAGUGCCUAUUCACCCUGCAAAUUAUCAGGCGACUGGUUGCAAGUGGCGUUUUUCGGGAGAUGACUUCGACACUUAUUUUUACGACACUCGUCUUCCAUUUGGUGCUAAAAGUUCCCCAGAAAUCUUCCAUCGCUUGACACAGGCUGUACGGCGUAUGAUGGCUAAGAGAGGAUUUCCGCAUGUCAUCGUGUACCUUGACGAUUUUCUUGUUAUCGGUGCCACGCAGGCGGAAUGCGCUCGCGCGUACGAAGUGUUACUACAGUUGCUCACGGAUUUGGGUUUCACCAUCAGCCAGCACAAACUCGUGCUGCCAACACGCCAGCUAACGUUUCUAGGCGUCGAACUCGACACAGUUGCUUGCACUAUGACGCUCCCACAAGAAAAACUCCGUGAAUGUCAAGCUCUUGUAUCUAGCUUCAUGCAUAAACGCCGCGCUACCAAAAACCAACUGCAGCGGCUGGCGGGCAAACUAAAUUGGGCGUGCAGAGUCGUUUACGGCGGACGCACUUUUCUCCGCAGAGUGCUUACUACCAUGAAUUCCCUUUCACCAGGGGCUAAGCAUCGUUUAGGACCUUCCUUUUACUGCGACAUUUCCUGGUGGGAAAAAUUUCUGCGCGUAUUCAACGGAAAGCAGUUUUUCUUAGAGGACCGACCCACAGUCGAUGUUAUGACUGAUUCGUGCUCUCUCGCGGCGGGAGGCUAUUUUCGGGAUGAUUGGUUCUAUUUUCACUUUUCCCUCGACAACCCAGCAUGGUCCCAGCUACAUAUUAACCACAAAGAAACCCUAGCUAUUGUUCUAGCUGCCAAGCGCUGGGGACACGUGUGGGCACAUCAUCGCGUAACUAUUUAUAGUGACAAUCAGGCCGCCGUCCAGAUUAUCAACAAGGGCACCACAGGCAACGAAGUGAUCAUGCAGGAGUUACGUGAACUCUUCUGGCUUUCUGCUAUGUACAAUUUUCACAUUACCGCUAUUUAUCUCGAAGGGUUUCGUAACACCACUGCGGACGCUAUAUCUCGGCUUCACGAGCGGGGUCACCUCCUCGUUUUUUAUUCCUUCCUGUAAGCGCGUUUUGCGCCCGGGGUUGUUGACAACACGGUCUUGACGGAUCAUAUGUCCCCUUACAGCCGCUCUCUUAUAUUUUUUAGGUGCACGCGACCCUCGGUUGGCUUUUCAAUUGCAACAGGAAGUUUCUAAGUAUCGUGCUCAGCUCUUUGCAGAAUCUACGAAAGCGACUUACCAGACCCAUCGCGACACCUAUCUGCGUUUCUGCCACUAUAUGGGUUACAGCCCGGUCCCCGUUCAGCCUACACAUCUGCUACAUUACGCGGCCUUCUUGGCCAGAAGUUUAAAAGCUGCCACAGUUCGAAGCUAUCUAAACAUCAUUGGCAUCCUCCACAAGGAAUUUGGCCUGCCUAACCCGCUGCUUGACAACUGGCCACUGAGGACCCUGCUCACCGGCAUUAAUAGACAAAAAGGAAUAAAAGUAAAUCAAAAACAACCAAUUACGCCCGCUAUGCUUUCUCAGCUCCAUGAUCGACUUAAUUUGGCAAAUAGCACCGACGCUUCUUUCUGGGCCACCUGUCUGGUGGCUUUCUAUGGUAUGUUCCGCAAAUCGCACCUUUUACCUAUGGCCCCUCAUUUAUUUGACCCGCGUAAACAACUGACUAAGGCAGAUUUCAAAAUAUUCCCCUGGGGUACCCUGAUCACUAUUCGUUGGAGUAAGACUAUCCAAUUUCGUGAACGGAUAGUGGAAAUCCCACUGCCUUGCAUCCCUCGCUCUAAGCUAUGUCCGACGGCCGCUGUCAUUAAUGCUUUUCGUUUUACAGCUACUGUCUCCACAACCGAUUCGCAGGCAUUUAACUGGUUAGACGAGCGCCAGGCCGCAAAGGUUUUCACGUAUAAGUCUUUUGUUUUGGUACUGCGCCGUCAUCUUGCGUCGCUCGGUUUUGAUCCAAAGCUUUACGCGGGGCAUUCUUUUCGCAGAGGAGGUGCUUCUUUCGCCUAUCACUCAGGGGUACCCAUUGAACUAAUUAAAGCUCUCGGCGAUUGGCGCUCUGACACCAUUUUAAUCUAUUUAACCAUGCCUCUAACCGUUCGCCUUCACUCAGCUAACAUGCUUUGUAAAGCCAUCCUCCGUCAUAAUCCACACCACUCUCACGCUCACUAACACCUCACGACUAUCUCAUCUCUGGGUUUGGGCUGUAGUAUCCUCUUUCUUAUCGUUUACGUGGAAUUGUUAAUAGUCUAGUGGUUUAUUGCACUGUGGAAUGUAAAUAAACACUGCCUGGUCCCAAUCACUUGUCUACUAUCUGUGUGAUGUUUAGGUGAAUAUUAAUCUUAUUAAUAUAAAUCUAGACAUCGGUAGCAGAGAGGCCCUGGUUGGGGGCAGGAAGGGUUCAUAGUCCGUAUUUUCAUAUUGAGCAACCUUCAUUGUAUAAUCACAAGACUUUAUUAGNCCCACACCUAAGGCAGUUUGAUUGUUCGUUGUUUUGUUUUUGUUUCUUCAUUUUGUAAUUUUUCGGUUGAUUUCAUUGUAUGGCUGUAGUAUCCUCUUUCUUAUCGUUUACGUGGAAUUGUUAAUAGUCUAGUAGUUUAUUGCACUGUGGAAUGUAAAUAAACACUGCCUGGUCCCAAUCACUUGUCUACUAUCUGUGUGAUGUUUAGAUUAUUUUUAAGCUUAUUCUUAUUUAUUUUUGCCGGUGUUGGCCGGGACUCCUCUUCUUUGACAACAUUACCUGUUAUUCCAAUCUUAUGCCAUUUCACCAUACUAAGUGACUACCAAGAGAAUGUGCAAAUUCUGCAUGUAAAAUCCCAGUUUGAAAUGGACUAUUGCAUAAUUGAUAUCAGCACUCUCCUUUGGUUAAGGAAGUGAGCAAAGAUCAAUGGAAUUCUCUAGGGGGUAUGUUGUAAUAGUUUUGGAAAUCCUUGGGGAAUAGUCUUAAACAUUGGAGUUAUUCAGGGUAAACAAAGAAUUCGUGAAAUUUUAUUUGGAAAAAAAGUACUGUUCAAUAAGUUCCUCAGGGGUAAAUUCAUAUCUUAAGGAAAUCUCUCAGGUGAAUGCAGUCUAAUAGAAUUCCCCAGGAGUAAGAAGGAAUUUUAUUAUAUGUUGUCAACCAGGAAGAGGGUGUGACUAUUAAAUGUGAUAGCCUAAUUUUUUUCUGCCAUUGAAGGAGGACAAAGCACACACAAUUACCGCGCACAACAGCAUGCAAGGACUGGACAAAGCAAACAUGAUGUGAUUUUAUUUAGUUGGAUAGUAAACCUUUUAUUCAAUGGUUUACAUUGUAAAAGUAUAAUGGACAUGGGUGUUUUGCUCAUUGCUCGCCUAUACAUGAAACCAUCCAACACAUGAUUGAUAGAAUUCACAUACAAAAGUGGCAAAAUAACUAUAAGAAUCACAAAUCACCAGUGCCACUAACAAAAGGAGGAAUACAACAAUCUGUUAGUAUGCCAAGUUGUGGUGGUUUCUUUUUGCAUUACCUUGUAUUAAUUUUGUUUUUUCUGGCUUGACUGUUCAUUAGCCACAGGCAUGUGUCUCAUUGUUUGUGAUAAAUAAACAAUUUUUUUCCUCUGAAAGGAUUCAUCAAAGAGAAGAUUCUCCUAAGGCUUAAAAUUCACAUCCAAUUUCUUCCUUACACUUGGAAGUUAUAAAAAUUGGCAAUUUAACCAUCUCUAAGUUAUUUUAUUUUUUUGUAACAGCUGAGAAAAAAAAGUUCUGUCUCUGCUGUUUAUUGAACUGAUCAAAUAAGAGAAAGAAGCUUUCAAUUAUGUAUGUCAAGUUUUAAAUUUACACAAAAUUUCUAGUACAGCCACAAUAACCUAAUUAAUACUUUGUUAUUUAUAUAAUUUUAUAUUAAUGUAAUAUAAGGUUUCCUGAAAGAAUUGCUUCAUCUACCGUAAAGGUUUUUGCUCACAACAGGAAGACUUGUUUUGACAUCACAUGAGUUUAAGUGUUUGUGUUUUUCUGGUUGCAUUCAAAGCACAACCAUUUUGUUGUUGGAUGGAAUGCAGAUUCAGGGAUAUUAGCACAAUCUGGAUGGUACCACUCACAGCAUCCACAACACUUGACAUAAGCAGCGUUGCAGUUGCAAGGCAAUCGGCAAGUACAGUAAUUAAAUAGGUACAUUUUUUGCCUACCACAGGAUGAACAAGCUCAACUGUAUCAUCAGUUGGUGGGAACUCAGUCAUCCUUGAAGACUCCAGGCAAUCAACAAGGUGUGGGCGCAUGGCUCUCUGGUCAUAUCUCUUGCUGGUGGGGUCACCAUCAUGGCAUAGAGUGGUGGCAAAGGCUAUAG